CUUUGCCAGCCCUUGCCUGGCCAUCUCUCCGCGGCUCAGCCAAUGGCAGCGUAGGAAGGGGGCAGGUUUUUCCACUUAGUCACUCUCGCGUGGAGGAAAAGCAGAGAGAAAAGGAGCAUCCUUUUUAUUUAUUUAUUUUUUUUCCCCCCGGCGGGGUUGAGGACUGGACCGCUGGGGUCUUUUUUGUUGUUGUUGGUUUUUCCUUCCCGCCAAUCCCCCCCUUCUCAGAGAGCCGGGAAAGCGGCGCGCCUCCUUUCUCCAUCCUCUCCGGCCCAGCUUUUUUUUUGGGGAGGUUGCCUUCCUUCUCUCGGGGGCUGCCUGUCCGGCUAAGCCGGACCCUCCGGUUUGCAGGAUGAUCGCCGCACAGCUGCUGGCCUAUUACUUCACCGAGUUAAAGGAUGACCAGGUCAAAAAGAUUGAUAAGUAUUUAUACGCCAUGCGGCUGUCGGAUGAAACUUUGCUGGAUAUUAUGGGUCGCUUCAGGAGCGAAAUGAAGAAUGGCCUCUCUAGGGAUUUUAACCCAACGGCCUCUGUAAAGAUGCUGCCUACCUUUGUAAGAUCUAUUCCCGAUGGUUCAGAGAAAGGAGAUUUCAUUGCUCUGGAUCUUGGUGGCUCUUUCUUCCGAAUUUUGAGAGUAAAAGUCUCCCAUGAGAAGAAGCAGAUGGUGCAAAUGGAAACGGAGAUUUAUGAAACGCCAGAAGAUAUUAUGCACGGCAGUGGAACACGGCUCUUUGAUCAUGUUGCUGAAUGUCUGGGAGACUUUAUGGAGAAACAAGAAAUUAAGGACAAGAAAUUACCUGUUGGGUUCACAUUUUCAUUCCCAUGUAGGCAAACUAAACUAGAUGAGGGUGUUUUGAUUACCUGGACAAAACGUUUCAAAGCAAGUGGUGUCGAAGGAGCUGAUGUAGUGAGUCUCUUAAACAAAGCCAUCAAGAAACGUGGGGAUUAUGAUGCGGACAUCAUGGCAGUGGUUAAUGACACUGUUGGGACAAUGAUGACGUGCGGAUUUGAUGACCAGCGUUGCGAAGUUGGCUUAAUUAUCGGUACUGGUACAAAUGCCUGCUACAUGGAGGAAAUGAGGCACAUUGAUCUGGUGGAAGGUGACGAAGGCCGCAUGUGCAUCAACACAGAAUGGGGUGCAUUUGGAGAUGAUGGUUUAUUAGAAGACAUCCGGACUGAAUUUGAUAGAGAGAUUGACCGGGGUUCCCUUAAUCCUGGGAAGCAACUAUUUGAGAAGAUGGUCAGCGGAAUGUACAUGGGUGAACUUGUCAGGCUUAUCCUUGUCAAAAUGGCCAAAGAAGGUCUCCUUUUUGAGGGGCGAAUCACUCCUGAACUUUUGACCAAAGGGAAAUUGGAAACUAAGGAUGUUUCUGCCAUAGAGAAGAGCAAGGAAGGUUUGCAUAAAGCCAAAGACAUACUGACACGUCUUGGGGUUGAGCCUUCCCAUGAAGACUGCAUCGCCGUCCAGCACGUGUGCACCAUUGUGUCAUUCCGCUCUGCGAACCUGGUGGCAAGUACUCUUGGUGCUAUCCUGAAUCAGCUGCGGGACAAUAAAGGAGUUGGCCGGCUGCGCACCACAGUGGGGGUGGACGGAUCCCUUUACAAGAUGCAUCCACAAUACUCCAGGCGCUUGCACAAAACGAUACGGCGCUUAGUGCCUGAUUCCGAUGUGCGUUUCUUGCUCUCUGAGAGUGGCAGCGGGAAGGGGGCGGCCUUCGUGACCGCAGUAGCUUAUCGGCUGUCGGAGCAGCACCGGUUGAUUGCAGAGACCCUGGCAGAAUUCAAGCUCACCAACGAACAGCUGCUUCAGGUGAAGAAGCGGAUGAGGAUCGAGAUAGAGGCCGGCCUCAAGAGGAAGUCACAUGACCAUGCCAAGGUCAAGAUGCUGCCCACCUUUGUCCGCAGCACCCCUGAUGGGACAGAGAAUGGAGACUUCCUGGCUCUGGAUCUCGGUGGGACAAAUUUCCGUGUUUUGCUGGUGAAGAUCCGAAGUGGUAAAAGAAGGAUGGUGGAAAUGCACAAUAAAAUAUAUUCAAUCCCUGUAGAGGUUAUGCAGGGGACGGGAGAAGAGCUGUUCGAUCACAUUGUCACGUGCAUUUCGGACUUCUUGGAUUACAUGGGAAUAAAAGGAGCUCGCCUCCCUCUGGGCUUUACGUUUUCUUUUCCCUGCAAACAGACCAGCCUAGAUUGUGGUAUCCUUUUGACUUGGACCAAGGGUUUUAAGGCUACUGACUGUGAAGGAGAGGAUGUUGUUAAUUUGCUAAGAGAUGGAAUUAAAAGAAGAGAGGAAUUUGAACUGGAUGUUGUGGCUGUCGUGAAUGAUACUGUUGGAACUAUGAUGACUUGUGCCUAUGAAGAUCCGAAUUGUGAAAUAGGACUCAUUGUGGGAACUGGGAGCAAUGCCUGCUACAUGGAGGAAGCCAGAAAUAUUGAAAUGGUGGAAGGAGACCAAGGCAGGAUGUGUGUAAACAUGGAAUGGGGUGCCUUUGGGGACAACGGAUGCUUAGAUGACAUCAGGACGAUCUAUGACAAAGCUGUGGAUGAGUUUUCGUUAAAUAGCGGCAAGCAAAGGUAUGAGAAGAUGAUCAGCGGAAUGUAUUUAGGGGAAAUUGUCCGUAACAUUUUGAUUGACUUCACAAAAAGAGGAUUCCUCUUCAGAGGUCAAAUUUCAGAAACACUGAAAACUAGGGGCAUUUUUGAAACCAAAUUUCUUUCACAGAUUGAAAGCGAUAGGUUAGCGUUGCUUCAGGUCCGUACCAUCCUCCAGCAGCUUGGCCUGAACAGCACUUGCGAUGACAGUAUAAUUGUGAAGGCAGUAUGUGGAGCUGUGUCGCGGAGGGCAGCUCAGCUGUGUGGCGCAGGAAUGGCUGCUGUUGUAGAUAAAAUAAGGGAGAACAGAGGCUUGGAGCAUCUGGAUAUAACCGUGGGCGUAGAUGGCACACUAUACAAACUUCAUCCACACUUUUCAAAGGUCAUGCACCAAACGGUAAAGGACCUGGCGCCCAAAUGCGACGUGACAUUCCUGCUUUCGGAGGACGGCAGCGGCAAAGGAGCCGCCCUCAUCACCGCGGUGGGCUGCCGACUGCGCGACGCUGAGCACAACUGAACUCUGCUCCCUGGGCUGCUUAUGGCUUCCAAGCACUUUCUUGACAAGCAGCGGUUCUGUAGCUUGAACUGGCGGGGAAGAGCCCAGAAUUCACUGCUUGUGGUGGAAGAGUUGGGGUUUAAGGAAGAAAAAAAUAGUAAAAUAAAAAUAGAAUGCUGAUUAAGUAUGCUGUUGCUGAUAAUAUCUUCCACUUUCGUCUGCAUGUGUCUUUUUCUGCCCUAUUUAGUACAUUCCCCAUCUGUAGAUCAUGAAAAAAAAAUAUGGAUAAUUUAAACGAAUGUCAGAAACUGAUUUAUGAUUUUGAGGUUCUAAAAUUACAGCCAAAAAAUGGACGUGAGCGAGAGAGCAGGUGGUGGUACAAUGUCAAGUGUAUUCUUUGCAGCUGCUACUAUGUCCACAUUAAAUAAAUAUACCACCAACAGUGCUGAAUAUGAGGCAAAUGCUUAUGCAAAGGGAACUUAGCAAUUCCCAUCUGAACUUUUCACCUAGUAUUGUUUUAUUCCUUCAUCUUGAAGUUUCCACCGCAAUCUGGUAGCAUCUGAAUCUUCUGGACUUAGACUUCCCUUAACGACCUGAAUGUUCGUUUGUUUGCACUGAACCAAGGGAUACACAGAUCAAUGAACGAGUCAAUCAAUAUCUCUCCCCACUUAUCAAUUAUCACUGCCAUUUCUUUUGGCUUUGAUAAUCAAUGUCAAAAUUCCAAGUACCAUUUCAAAAGGCAAGUCUUUGCUAAUAAAAUCAAAUGCCCUAAGGUGAUCCAGAUCUCUCGUUUUGAGAAAUACUUUUUGCCUUUAUAUUAUUUUUGCCUUUUCCAGGUUUCUCCCAUCCUUUAAUAAAAGAGUUUGGAAUUCCCUUGUUAGUUUAUGUCCUGCUGAAAGCCAUUUCCAAUUUACUAAGGUCGUGAAUUCUGGGAGAAACCUGAGAGCUUGCACGGGAGAAUAUAAUGUGGUGUUGGGGGGCAGAGACCUGAGUUUCUGUCGGAUCCAUAUCACAGAUAAACAGCCAGAAGAACAAGAUCAGUGUAAGGCUAUGGUAUUCAACAUCAAACAACCAAAGCUAUAGGCAUCUGCAGAACAGUAGCCACAUUAUUGUUUCAUAUAUUGUAUGUUGAGGUAGGACUUUGAUUGUGUAGUGCUGGCUAUCAUUUCCACUCCUGCCUUUCCUCUAGAGUAGAGCAAUAUUUUUCAACCUCAGUAGCUUUAAGUUGUGGGGACUUCAACUCUUGGUUGGCUGAGGAAUUCUGGGAGUUGAAGUCCCCACACCUUAAAGUUGGCCAGGUUGAGAAGCAUUCCUCUAGACAAGGAGUGUCAAAUUCGCGGCCUGCGGUCCAGAUGUGUCACGUGCUGGCUCCACCCCCGCCCGGUUUAGCAAAGUGGAAAAAGUCACGUGACGACGCUGUGACAACGUGAGUUUAACACCCCUGCUCUAGACUGAAGAUACCAGGGACUACAGACGUGACCACCAUUUUGAUUUUCUCUUACAACCUAGGGUGACUGAUACAUUAAUUCUAAAAUUUGCAGGAAACUGAAUAGGUAUGAAUGGCUUCCUACUCCGGAUGCUUCUGUAGGACAGCAUUUACACAAUUACAAAACAUUAAAAUAGUCUUGACUUUUGCUACAGCCAAAGAAUCAGGGGAAAAUGUGACACACUCUACCUUCUAUGGUGAUUACAGUAGAAUUCCUAGUGAAACGAUUUUUAUGGAGUUGAAUUGCACCAAUUCUGCUUCUGAAAAUGCACACUUGGAGAUAGUUAGGCAUGUGGGCAAUUAGUACUCCUUUAACAAUUCUAGGAGCGUUAUCUUUUAAGGCCUGGUUUAUUCCGUGGUUGGAUUUGAUGGUGCACUUUACCAAGAUACUUGAAAAAUAUUGUUACAGGUAGCACCAAAGAAGAUAAUGUGCAAACAAACCACGGAUAUCCAAGUUACAAGAUAUCCAAGUUUGAUCUAGACUUGAAAUUUAAACCAGCGCAUGAUUAUAGAGGCUGAACUCUGUUCUCUUGUUAGUAAUUACCCCAAGUAGCAAAGGGAUCAGCUGGUCUUUUUAAAGGCUCUCCAGCUAUCUCCAUUCCAAUAAGAAAUUAUAUUGAUCACAUCAUUGGCAACAAGAAACCGCAACAAGAAAAUAAAACCAAGCUUAGUGGAUUACUUUUAAAUCUCAAGAUUCGGAUUGCUUAUCUCUUAAUAAGCAUUUUCAGUACACAUUUUGGUGCAUUGUGAUCGAAUGUUGUGGUAAAAUGAGUCUCGCCCAGUAUUUUGCAGCUUUCAGUGUGUGUGCGUGCGUACGUACGUCUUCCCGAACGAUCGCAUGAUUCCCGUGUUUUUCCUAUGCUGGAAAGUCUUUUUAUAUUGCCUACUAGUAGUGAUGAUACUACAUAGUGCAAAGUGGAUAUUUGUGACAUAAUUAAACUUUAUUUUGAAGUGUG